AUGUCGCAAAUGAAGGGCCUUGUCCAAUUCAUCACGGACAUCCGAAACUCCAAGGAACAAGAGCAGGAGGAUAGGCGUGUCCAAUCUGAGCUCGUACACAUUCAAAAACAGUUCCAACAGCCCAACCUUUCCGGCUAUCAUCGCAAGAAGUACAUCUGCAAGCUACUGUAUAUUUACCUGAUGGGCCAUGAGCUCACGUUUGGCCUGGGGGAAGCAAUGGCCCUUGCCUGCUCGAAGGUCUAUUCUGAAAAGUCCAUUGGAUAUCUCGCUCUGUCGCUGUUCUACCAGACGCGCACAGAGGCUGUCGACGCGAUAUUUGAGACUAUCCACAAUGAUCUCGCCCAUCCGAAGGAGGACUUCGUCUGUCUUGCGCUUCAGUUUCUCUCUUCUGUGGCGGAUUCGGACGCAUACAGCAGGGCUUUUGAGGACGAAGUAUUCCUUUUGAUAAGGUCGCCCGUUUCAUCGACUUUAAUCCGCAAAAAAGCCGUUCUGACGUUGCUGCAGCUGCUCAAAAUUGACCCCCUCCUAGUCACCAGACACCCAAACCUGAUUUCCCGCGUUGCACCGCUUAUCAACGACUCUGAUUUUGGGGUAAGUAUAGCUGCCGUCUCGCUGGUCCAGCAUGUCGCCAAACUGGACCUGGAUCUGUGCAACAGCUGUACCACGCUAGCCCUUGAAAAACUACACAAGAUCGUUGUCGAGGCCGAAUGUCCCGCCUCGCAUAUGUACCACGGCAUUCCUGCGCCGUGGCUGACUGUCAAGCUGUUCCAGCUGCUCGAAACUCUGGUCCCUAACGUCGACGCAAAGCCCUUGGACCAGGCCAACAUGCACACCGUCAAGACCGUAAUCCAGCGGGCCAUUUCCACAGCCCUAUCGCAGGCCCCGUUGAUGUCUGCCGAGGCACGGCACACGAGGGAUUUUGUCCUGCUGGGCGCCGUGUCGCUGGCCGCACACGUGGAUCCGUCUCCCGAUCAGUCGACAAUUGCAGCCGACGCGCUUUGCCAGCUGCUGCAGUCCACGGAAACAAACACGCGCUACCUAAGCCUGGCUGCUUUGGCAAAGCUCGCAGCAAGAAACGACGACCCCGUUUUGAUGACUAUCAACAAGCACAUAGAGCAGAUUUCCUCUCUGCUUCGCGAUAGAGACGUUUCUGUGAGGCGACUAUCUUUGGAUCUCAUUUAUAUUAUUUGCAACUCGGAUACGGUCCAACAAAUGUGCCGACAGUUGCUGGAAUACCUUUCUGUGACUGAUUUUGCCAUGAAGUCCGAGGUUGCCGUCAAAAUCGCCGUGCUUGCGGAGAAAUAUGCCACAAAUGCUACCUGGUACGUCACCACCAUGAUGAAGCUGAUUUCGGUGGCAGGAAACUAUCUCGACGAAGAGGUGCGACAGCGGCUGAUUCAGAUCGUCGUCAACAACGACUCCAUUCAGGCCACGGCGUGCCGUCUCUGCUACAAUGCGCUCAAAUCGGGUACUUAUCCGGAGUCUAUGGUGAAGGUGGCUGCGUUUUUACUUGGCGAAUUUGGCACGCAGCUGGAUAUCCCGCUUGUGCAGCAGUUUGACCUGCUGUACAGCUGCUACUUCCAGACUUCUGUCAUGGCCAGAUGUGUUCUGCUAUCGAGUUUCCUCAAGUUCUACGUCCACGAGCCGCAGCUCAGACUGCGAAUUUUGGAACUAUACGAACAAGAAUCCAACUCAUUCAUCGCAGAGAUCCAGCAGCGGUGUCUGGAGUAUUCUAAGCUGGUCACACUGCCAGAUAACUCGCUAUUGAGUCUGGUGGUGGUAGACAUGCCUCCAUUCCAGUCGAAAAUCUCACCUUUGAUCUCCAGAUUGGGGAAUGUCCAGCAGCUGCAGCAGAGUUUCCAGUUGAACCUGCCAUAUGCUGCACACUCGUCGUCGUCGCUAGAAAGACCCAAGUCGCCCAAAAAACCCGCUCCGCCUCGCCCCAGAAGCAGGAAGAACACCAACUCACUUAUGUCUCCGUCGCUGAACACUGCUUCUGCCAGUCCAAGCCGGGCAGAAACAGACGACUCGUCGCGGUCCAUGUCGCACUUCUCGGACUCGCAUUUCUCCUACAAUUCCACGGCAAACCCAUCUGUUGACCAACUGCCAGCAUUCAGCCCCAACUGGAAAGAGGGAUACUACCGUCUAUUGCAUUACGACCAGGGUAUAUUCUACGAAGACUCGUUGUUCAAGAUUUUGUUCAGACUCCGAAGAAAUCACGCCCAGCUGCAUUACGAGUUGUCUUAUUCCAAUAAGUCGCCCAGUACAAUCAGUGGCCUGACAAGUGAGGUGGUUACUAAUCUGAGCAAUACCGAGGACCCCGGCUAUGUGAUCAAAAUCAUCAAACAUCCGGAGUCCACCAUCACCGCCAAUUCGAAAUCGGUCCAGAUUUUCGACGUCAGCGUGCGGAAGCCGUACCUCGACAGAGAAGUACCGAUCAUCAAUAUAUCAUUUGUGUGCGGGACCCUGUGCCAAUACAAGCUACGGCUUCCGGCUGUGGUUGGGAAAAUCAUGGUCAAAGGUACACCGCUAUCCAAAGAGUCAUUCUUCACCAGAUGGAGUCAGGUCAGCAGUUUGCCUGGUGGAGAGUGCCAGAAAGUAAUCCGGCUUUCCUCCCCGAUGCAGACGGUAAUUCUGAGCCGGGCCAUGCAGCUCUUUGGAUUCAACUUGCUCAAGAACAUCGACUACAACAUGCACAAUAUCGUGUGCACGGGUAUUUUGAGCAUGGCAGCAGGGGGAGCAGGAUGCUUGAUGCGGAUCGAGACAAAUCCUCAGGAUGCUCGGGUUCUCCGAAUUACCAUGCGAUGCACUGUUUCUGGGCUUGCAGACAUUUUGGUGGGCACGUUGACAGAUCUGUUAAAUAACAUUUAA